AUGUUUUCAAUUAUUUGCAAUUUUCCUUCUAGCAUAUCUGACCAUAAAAUUUCCUUUUAAUUAUUGCUUUUUAAUAUUGAACAUUUUAUAUUCACAUUUGCUCCUUACUAUUCGAUUUCAAGAAAUUUGGCUUCAGUUGUGCUUAUUCUAAUUGUAAAUAUUUAGGGUAAUGUGCUUUAUAAUUAUAAUUUAAUUUAUGAAUUUAUUUAUUAUUAUUAAUGUUAUAAUUAAUUUUAUUAUUUUUUUACUUAUGGAUAUUAUUAAAAUAAAAACUAUUAUUAUUAAUUAGAUAAUUACUAUUAUUAUUAAGAUUAUUAUUAUAAUUAAGUUUACAUUUAUUAUUAAGAAAAUUAUUAUAAUUAAGGUUAUUAUUAAAUUUAAUUUAAUUUUUGUUAAGUUUAUUAUUAAAAUUCAUUUUAUUAUUCUAAUUAAGGUUAUUGUAAUACUUAUGGUUACUAUUGUAAUUGA